AUAGCUUCAUAUCAUUGAUAUCACCAGUGCAUCUGGUAAUUUGAGCUUAUCGAUCGCAACACGACUUCUGUUUUUCUUCUUUUUAGUCAAGAUAGGUGGUUAAGUUUUUACUUUGCUCGUGGAUUAAAUUUAUUACGUUGACUUACAUUCGUUCAUUCAUUUGCGCGAGAUCUCUCGGUUUGUUGGACGAUUGUUUCGGUUUAUUGGGGGAUAGUGGACUAUCUGCUGAUUGGGAGACUCGGGGUGGUUUAUUUAAGCUCUUUGAAGGAGGGAAGGAAGGAACGGAAAGAGUGUUUUGUGCGAACUUGAUUGGAUUUAGGGUCUUGACGUUGUGAAGAAGAAGAAGAACGAAGAGAGUAAUAGCUUCGUUGCGACAUCUGAACGCAGGCACAAAAGCAAGCAAAGAAACAAACGACAAUCAUGGCUUCAUCUUCAAAUCCUUAUCAACAUUUUAAUCAACAGCAUAUGGAGGAGGAGGAUGAUUUGAUUGAUCCGGAUGAUGGUAUGUUUUGUUUUAAUUUUGGUGGUUGUUGCUUGAGUUGUGUUUACCUGCCUGCCUCUUACCUACCCUUAAUAUCAUGUCGCAUCUAUACAGAGAUGUAAUGGUCCAUAUCCCUUCAUACUUCUUUGAUACUCCACAUCAUUUACUAUAUACUACCAACAUCACCCUCACCCUCCUUCACACCUCACAUACAUCUUCCCUCAUGCUAACCCCUCAUUCAGCGACUCUCGAUGAUCUCGAUGAUCCCCUCAAUGCCACAACAUCCCGAACACCAUUAACAGGCAAUAUCCAAACCACCCAAUCCACCUCCCAAUCAAAUCAAAAUUAUCUUACCUCCCGUAUCCCCGGUGAAGAUCGUCGAGCUCCAACAAACACACUUGAUGAAUCAGUCUGGGAAACUCUCUCUCGAGAUCUCUCCGCCAUCUGGUCCAAAAUGCGAGAAGUCCUUUACCCAAAAUACCUAUUCGGAGGUUCGAUGAUCGAUUCUCACGGUCUACGAGGAGCUUAUUCACAAUUUCGAGAAAAUGGUAUGCAAGGCGCAAGAGAAGAAUUGAGGGGUAUGAUUGGAAGGGUUACAGAUGUGGAAGGUCUUACGCAGGGAAAUGCAAUGAGUGAGGGAUUGAGAGAUUGGGAUUUAUGGGGUCCGUUGGUUUUUUGUUUGGGUUUGUCGUUAUUGUUGAGUUUUAGGGCGAGAGGUGAUCAGAUGAGUAAAGUUUUUAGUGGGGUUUUUGCUAUGGUUUGGUUGGGUGAGGUGGUGGUUACUGUGCAGAUUAAGUUAUUGGGGGGAAAUAUGUAUGUUUGGUUUUUAUUCCUCUUUUCCCUUUUCCUUUUCUCUUCCCUAUCCAUCUUCUCAUUUUCCCUCUUAUACCCCCUUCUCUGUUCAUCUUCCCAUUCUUGCAUCUCCCCAUUCUCUCCUUCUUCCCAUUCUCUCCCAUAUCCUCACUCCUCGCCCCUCACCCCUCACCCCUCCAAAACCCCACUAACAUCUCUCCCUAUAGUUCCUUCGCCCAAUCCGUCUGCAUAAUAGGUUACACACUCUUCCCACUUGUUAUCGCUGCUCUCCUCAGCGCUCUCGGUCUUCAUCCCAUUCCUCGAAUCCCUAUAUACAUAGUACUAGUAGGAUGGAGUAUGGCAGCAGGUAUUAGUAUAUUAGGUGGUAGUGGAGUUGUGAAAAAUCGAGUGGGAUUGGCUGUUUUUCCUUUGCUUGUUUUCUAUUUGAUGUUAGGUGCACUUUGUUUUAUUUCUUAGGUUGUGGAUUGGAGUUUGUUGUUGGGUUGUGGGAACGUAAGGGAAUUGUAGGGAGAGGAAUUGAGAAGAGGUUGGGGGUGGGGGUAUUUUGAGAGGGAAGGGGAGAGAGAAGAAAGGAAGGAAAGGGAAAAGUACGGGCUACUAUGGGCUUCUUCUUACAUUUGUCUACCCUAUAGUUUAUUUGACCUGCUAUCUGAUACUGCCAUGAAAUUAUUGUGAUUAUUGAAGAUGAUGAUGAGACGAUGAAAUGGAACUUUGUUUAAUGUACGCAUUAUGGAAGAAUGUAGGAUAUGCAUGUAU